UCCGGUGACCGGAGCUAAUAAUUUGCCAAAAUCAUGCGACCGUCGCCGUCCCACACUACCCACGAUCGAAUUAUCCCACGCCUUCGCAGCCUAACCACCGCGGCCGCCGCCUCCGCCUCCGCAUCGCUCCAGUCUCUUCAUUCGUCCUCCCUUUUCUGCAACAGCGAAGUCAAAGAGCAACAAGAUGAAGACCCGGACACUAAAUCCCAGAACAUAGCUAACCGAUCCUACUGGACGAGAAAGAUACACUCUCUCUCCUCAAGCCCAGGCCAGAUCGACGCCGCUCUCCGCCUCAUCGACCGUCUGCGCCUACGUGGCUUCCGUCCCGACUCCAUCAAUCUCUCCAGCAUCAUCCAUGGCCUCUGCGCCGCUGGCCGCUCCGACGAGGCUCACCGCCGCCUUCUCUUCUCUUUCACAUCCGGCAUUGUUCCGGACGACCGCACUGCCAACGUUCUUCUCGCUCGUCUCCUUGACGCCUCCACACCUCGCCUCACCCUCUCCGUCCUCCGUCAUUUGCUUCUCGCUAAGCCGGCCUUUGUUCCUUCUCUCACUAACUACAACCGCCUCAUUGACCAGUGUUGUUCUCUUUUAGAUCCCUUCGAAGCUUAUAAUCUCGUCCGUGACAUGAUCGUUCGCGGACGCUACCCGAAUGCGGUGACAUACACUGCCCUUAUUGAUGGGUUUGGCCGGUUUGGUCUAUUGGAUGAUGCACGACGAAUGUUUGAUGAAAUGUUGCAGAGAAAUAUUAAGCCGAAUUCACUUACUUAUAGUGUUUUCAUAAGGUGGUUGAUGAGAAAGAAAAGUGUGCAGGAAGGAAAGGAAAUGAUGGGGAGGCUUUGGAUAACAAUGCAACAAGAGGAAGACAGAGCAGUCAACAGCGCUGCUUUUGCAAAUCUUAUUGAUUCCUUGUGCGUUGAAGGGUUUUUCCAUGAGGUUUUCAGGAUAGCAGAGGAGAUGCCACAGGGGAAGUGGGUUUGUGAGAAAUUUGCUUAUGGCCAAAUGGUAGAUUCCUUGUGCAAGGCUGGACGGCAUCAUGGUGCAUCAAGGAUUAUUUACAUAAUGAGAAAGAGGGGUUUUAUUCCAAGUUUGGUUUCGUAUAACAGUAUUGUUCAUGGCUUGAGCAAGGAAAGAGGUUGCAUGAGAGCUUACCAGCUGUUCAGAGAAGGGAUUGAGUUUGGGUAUUCACCUCCAGAGGCAACUUAUAAAGUGCUUGUUGAGGCUCUAUGCAAGGAGAAAGAUCUCUACAAGGCUAAGGAUGUCACAGAAUUUAUGAUAGAGAUAGAAGGGGUUGACAAAAUUCGAAUCUACAAUAUAUUUCUAAGUGCACUUCGACUCACAGACAAUCCAAGUGAGCAGCUGAAUAUGCUGGUAUUGAUGCUUCAAAAGCAAUGCCAUCCUGAUGCUGUUACGCUUAACACAAUUGUCCAUGGUUUCUGCAAGAUUGGCAGGGUUAAUGAAGCUUUGAAGAUCUUGGAAGAUAUGAUGGAGGGAAAGUUCUGCUCUCCUGAUGUUGUGACCUUCACUACUGCUAUUUAUGGUCUAAUUGAUGUUGGUAGGUUUGAAGAAGCCUUAUACUUUAUGCACAAAGUAAUGGCUGAGCACAAUUGUGCUCCUAAUAUAGUGACGUACAAUGCAGUUCUGCGUGGAUUAUUUAAACUUGGGAAGGUGGAUAAAUCAAUGGAGAUUUUCCAUGAAAUGGUGGGCAAGGGGGUACAUGCUGAUUGUGUGACUCAUACAAUAAUUAUUGAAGGACUUUGUGAAGCUGGUCAGUUUGAUCAAGCGAAGAAGUUUUGGGAUGAAAUUGUGUGGCCUUCGAAUAUUCAUGAUGACUAUGUUUAUGCUGCGAUAAUGAGAGGCUUGUGCAGUUUAGGGAAGCUGGAUGUAGCUUGUGAUUUCUUGUAUGAAUUGGUGGAUUGUGGGGUUUCUCCAGGGAUUGUGAAUUAUAAUAUUUUGAUUGAUAGUGCUUGCAAGCAGGGUAUGAAGAAGCAAGCUUAUCAGAUUGUGGGUGAGAUGAGGAAAAACGGAUUGAAACUUGAUUCAGUAUCUUGGAGGAUUUUAAACAAGUUGCAUGAGAGGGAAAGCACAAAUCUUCCUGAUGCCAGUCUAGAAGUGAAUGGAACCAGAGAGAAAGUAUCAUCAAUGUCAGAGGGGCUUCAAAUUGAUGAAAAGAAUGAAUGCAUUGAGAAGAAUGAUGGGGAGCUUGGCGACCAAUUAGAAGGUCUCGUAGAUCAUUCCUUUACUUCUAAAUUCAUUCAAGAUGAUGAGUUUAAUGAAGGUUGCUCUCCUCCAGUGAAAAUUUGUCGGCAUGGUUCCAUCAAUGUGAUUAAGGUGAUAGAAAAAAGGCAAAAAGAACCAUUAUCAAAGCUCGCUAGGAGGGUAUUUGGACUACUAUAAAAUGAACAGUCUACAAAUUGAGAAGUUUGAAUUACCCAGGUUCUAAAAAAUGGGAGAAAAUGCUUCAAGAUGGGAGGGAGCAUUUUCUAUUAUUCGUGGCAAAUUAAGCAGAAUAAGAAAGAAAAUAAAAAUGUCUUGAAAUAAUGCUACUGCUGUGGAAACCUUCUGCGAACAUUCAAACAUCAUGCAACUAAUUGAGAACCUCUGCCACGAAUAUCGAGACAGAAAAAUUGAUUUGCUGGUAGAAACGUUUGCAUUUGUGUUCCCAUGGAUGGAGAUUUGAAACGAGUAACCUUGGGGAAGCUCUGGUUGCAGGUAAUCAGUACUCUAGUUUUUUUUUUUUUUUUUCUAAUUUAUAAUGAAAUGAAAAAUAAUUGUUAUGCCUUUUUGGUCUUUAUUUUUCUCUUUUUCUAUAUUGUUAAUUUACAGUUUUUGUGAUGGUGAUGUUUAAGGUUCUGAAAAUAGCUAAAUCAUUAAAUGGAACUACUUUUUCUCUUCUGCUCUUUUUGAAUGUUUUGAGGUGAUAAUGAAUAUUAAAUUAUUGAAACUUUUAUUAUCGUUAGUCUGCUACCAUCUAUUUGCCAUCUUCUUGCAUGUUUUUAUCCUUUCUACUUUCUUCGCAUGGAAAACUAGACCUUCAGAUGAGAAGGAAAGUGCGGGCUUAAACCUUUUUGAUGUCGUGAUGUUCUUCUUCAGUAUGAUUUUGAUGUGGAUUGUGUUAGACCGCUCCGACAAGUCCAGCCAAUCCAUACGGAACCGGCUUAUGAAUGAAACAUGCAGAAGUUACGCUCCGAACUCACGCCCAGGCGUGCGUGAGCUGUUUAAGAAUGAUUUUUGAGGGAGUUAUUGGGGAAAUUUGAAUGUAGGGACUGUUUAGGGAUUUUCUUUUGAUUUGUAUGCUUUAAAUAGUUUGUUUUCCUAGGGUUAAGACAUCUUGAAUUUGGCUG